UGGCGCGGUGGUCGUGGGAAAGUGACCGGGCUGGCCUGUGUGCGGCCGGCACGACCCUGCAAGUCGCGUGUGGAGGACCUCGGGGAGCGGGCACCGGCGGCCGGUUCGGAGCCGGGGCCGUGCGCCGCGAGGCCGGCCAGUGCCCGGGCGACCAGGGCCGCCCGGUGCCGCUUCCCCACGAGCACCGCGUAAACUCGUCCCCGCCUCGGCCGCGCUCCCUCCACGGGCCGGGGUCUAGGGCAGGGCCAGGCCCGGGUCUUGCGAAGCCCGUCAGGUGAGGGGAUGCUCCGCUGCUGCUGAGCGGAGGGGCCGGCUCCGGUUCCUGGAGGCCAGUGUCGAAAGCCGCGGCCUCCGGAGUUGAUUCUUGUGGUGGGAUGCUUGAAGAUCUCUGAACUAUUGGAAGAAACUGUGAGUCCUGGAAGGCAUAAUGGUUAUGAAAGCUGCUGUGGAUGAUGGUGAUUCAGGAUGGGAGCUUAGCGUCCCGGAAAAAAUGGAGAAAAGUAACACAAGCUGGGUGGACAUAACGCAGGAUUUUGAAGAUGCUUGUCGAGAACUGAAGUUGGGAGAACUGCUUCAUGAUAAGCUAUUUGGUCUUUUUGAAGCUAUGUCUGCUAUUGAAAUGAUGGAUCCCAAGAUGGAUGCUGGUAUGAUUGGAAAUCAAGUGAACAGGAAGGUUCUCAAUUUUGAACAAGCUAUCAAGGAUGGCACCAUUAAAAUUAAAGACCUCACUUUGCCUGAAUUGAUAGGAAUAAUGGAUACCUGUUUUUGCUGUUUGAUCACAUGGCUAGAAGGCCAUUCCUUGGCACAGACAGUAUUUACGUGCCUUUACAUUCAUAAUCCAGACUUCAUAGAAGAUCCUGCCAUGAAAGCUUUUGCUCUGGGAAUCUUGAAGAUCUGUGACAUUGCAAGGGAAAAAGUAAAUAAAGCUGCUGUUUUUGAAGAGGAAGAUUUCCAGUCAAUGACAUAUGGAUUUAAAAUGGCCAACAGUGUGACAGAUCUUCGAGUUACAGGAAUGUUGAAAGAUGUGGAAGAUGAUAUGCAAAGGAGAGUAAAGAGUACUCGAAGUCGACAAGGAGAAGAGAGAGAUCCAGAAGUUGAACUAGAACACCAGCAGUGCCUGGCAGCAUUCAGCAGAGUCAAGUUCACCCGUGUGCUGCUGACAGUGCUCAUAGCCUUUACGAAGAAAGAGACCAGUGCUGUGGCGGAGGCUCAGAAACUGAUGGUCCAAGCAACAGACCUUCUUUCUGCCAUUCACACUUCAUUGCAUCAUGGCAUCCAGGCUCAGAAUGGCACUACUAAAGGAGACCAUCCAAUUAUGAUGGGUUUUGAGCCCCUUGUUAACCAGAGGCUACUUCCACCCACCUUCCCUCGCUAUGCAAAAAUAAUUAAAAGAGAAGAAAUGGUCAACUAUUUCUCCAGAUUAAUAGAAAGAAUUAAGACUGUCUGUGAAGUUGUGAACUUACCAAACUUACAUUGUAUCCUGGAUUUCUUCUGUGAAUUUAGUGAACAGUCACCGUGUGUUCUUUCAAGAUCUCUGUUGCAAACUACUUUCCUCGUGGAUAACAAAAAGGUCUUUGGAACUCAUCUCAUGCAAGACAUGGUGAAAGAUGCCCUUCGGUCCUUUGUCAGUCCUCCGGUGCUCUCCCCCAAGUGCUGCCUAUAUAACAAUCACCAGGCUAAGGACUGUAUCGACUCCUUUGUUACUCACUGUGUUCGGCCAUUUUGUAGUCUUGUUCAGAUCCAUGGCCAUAACAGGGCUCGGCAGAGAGACAAACUUGGUCACAUUCUUGAAGAGUUUGCUACCUUGCAAGAUGAGGCAGAGAAGGUUGAUGCGGCACUUCACACUAUGUUGCUGAAACAGGAGCCCCAGAGACAGCACCUGGCCUGUUUAGGAACCUGGGUCCUUUACCACAACCUUCGGAUUAUGAUUCAGUAUCUGCUCAGUGGCUUUGAGCUGGAGCUCUACAGCAUGCAUGAGUACUACUACAUCUACUGGUACCUCUCUGAAUUCCUGUAUGCAUGGCUGAUGUCAACCCUGAGCCGUGCUGAUGGCUCUCAGAUGGCAGAGGAGAGGAUAAUGGAAGAACAGCAGAAAGGCCGCAGCAGCAAAAAAACCAAGAAGAAAAAGAAAGUUCGCCCAUUGAGCCGAGAGAUCACGAUGAGCCAGGUCUAUCAGAACAUGUGUGCUGGGAUGUUCAAAACGAUGGUAGCAUUUGACAUGGAUGGCAAAGUGCGCAAGCCAAAGUUUGAGCUUGAUAGUGAGCAAGUUCGGUAUGAGCACAGGUUUGCUCCAUUCAACAGUGUGAUGACACCACCACCAGUGCACUACCUGCAGUUCAAGGAAAUGUCUGACCUCAAUAAAUACAGCCCUCCUCCUCAGUCUCCAGAGUUGUAUGUGGCAGCUAGUAAGCACUUUCAGCAGGCGAAAAUGAUCCUCGAAAAUAUCCCCAAUCCAGACCGUGAGGUCAGUAGAAUCCUAAAGGUGGCCAAGCCCAACUUUGUGGUUAUGAAGCUCUUAGCAGGGGGACACAAAAAGGAGUCAAAGGUUCCUCCCGAAUUUGAUUUCUCUGUUCACAAAUACUUUCCUGUUGUGAAACUGGUGUGAAAGAGACUGCAAACAUGAUCGUGUGUGCUCUUGGGGAUAGACAGCAGUGUGCCACGCACCGUGACGUAAAGUGGAUUUCGUGGAUGACAGCUUGUUACAAGGAAGACUCAGUUUAACACCCUUACCUGGCAAGAAUGAAAACUGCUGUUUUAAAGUGGUUUAUUAUACUCCAGGGGUGUAACUGGGCUGGAAUGCAUUGGUGAACAUUACAUGGAUUUACAGACUUAACUGUAAAACUUUUUUAAAUGAAUGAUUAAGUGAAAUAGUGUUUGUAAAGGUUAAUAAAUUUCUUGACAAAAAAAAAAAAAAAAA